UAAUGGAGGAGAUAUGAUAUUGCUCUGGGCUCGCAGUAGGCAAGAAGUUAAAAAAUUUUGGGGCCUAUGACACUACAUGGACCCUAAGUAAGGCAUGUGUAAAAUUUGAAUGAAAUUGGUUCUGUAGUUCUCAGGUUUUAGGGAUUCACUCAGACACAGAGACAGAUAGACAGACACUCAUUCUCAUCUUAAUAUAUAUAUAGAUAUAUAUCAACAUAUAGACAGAACGUAUGCACACACACACAUACAAACAUCCAUCCAUAUACACAUCUGCCUGUCUAUCUAUAUAAUCUAUUUCCUGAAUACAGGCAACCACUUCAUGAAAUAUUUUCCUUUCUUUGAAUAAGCUCCUUUCAUUCUGGCCUAUUCACUUCCAACCUGAAGAACCAAUAUAUCAGACAAGAAACAACAAUAACAGUUAGGAGUUAAAAUAAAAUGGUUUCAUUGAUUUGAAAAUUUCGACUGGCUAAGAAGGCUUGCAGAGAUUGCAACAAAGUCGCAAUCAGAUUCUGUGGGAAUGAAUACCGAUUAAUUUAAUACCAACUGGCAAAUCUGAGAGGUACAGGAAAUGCCCCCCCCCCUAAUAAUAUUAAAAAAAAAAAUCAUAGUUUAAUCGCAUGCUGAAUAGUGUAUCAAAUAGCAACACAACAAAAUGCUAACUACAGGCAGCAUGUGUCCUUGCAACUAGAGUGUGAUGAAAGACGGAAUGCUAAGGAAAACACCUGAGGUCCUUUGGAAUACCACUGAGAAUUACGUCUAGCCUCAAGAUCGUCUGGCAAUUAGGAAGUUACACUGAAUGGUAAGCGGAAGACCCACACAAAAAUACCAAAAAUGUUCCUGUAACGACUUCAAGAAUGCGGACAAAUUUAUAAUGAAACUGAUUUCAGGUUUGCGACUAUAAAUAUAAUGUCUAAGAAUUCCCAGUUGGGCAAAUCAUUUUCGCUCGUUCAGAGGAAAAAAUAUGAUGGCAACGAAGGUCGUGGAAUAUACCAAUAAUGGAAUGCAUUAAAAAAAAAAAAAAAUGAUGGAAUUAGCAGAAUGUAUUCUUUGAUAUUGUUGUCUAUUUUUUCGUGUCGUGGUCAUUACUCACGACUAAAGGAUUAUGUUAAUAUAUAGAUCAUUAAACUAAAUACAAGAUAAUGUUCAGUUUAUUAGUUAAUUCCCAAGGAGGUACCCACCACACAUAGACACAGACACACGCGUCUGUAUGUGUAUAAGAUGUUUUGGAAUGUAUAAUCAUAUACAAAAAUUUUACGUGCACACACAUCUUAGAUAAACAUACAUUAUUGCAUUGGCAUUAUAGAAAAUCCAAAAUUGCCUAAUAACACAUGAUAUGUGUUUGGUAAAAAUUUAAGGAAUGUAUUAUUUAUUCCUCCUACUGCAGUACAAACACAGUAAAUAAAUAGAGAAAUUUAUAAUUCAAGGCACACACCGGGACAUUGAUAUAAACAGCAAGUAAAGUGUAUACAAACGGACACUGACAUAUUUUUAUAUGUAUAGAGGUGCAUAAGCGGAAUAAAAUUACAACCACACACACAUACUGAAGAAUGGUAUAGAUAAACAUAAUAAGAAAAUAAGGCUGUAAGAAUGAAAAAAUAUACAUUUAUAGAUUUAUAAUUUUAAAAUGAAAAGAAAGAAAAAAAGAAAAAUUUAGAGCUUCACGCACAUGCCAAUAGAGAGGGAAAGAUGAAAUGAAUGAGAGAGAGAGAAAAAAAACUGAAAAAGAUGAGAUAAAAGAUAAAAAUUGAGAUAUAUAUAUAUAUAUAUAUAUAUAUAGAGAGAGAGAGAGAGAGAGAGGGAGAGAAAAAGAAGGCGAAAGUGAAGUAAAAUUUAAUUAACUAGAUCCAAAAGACAAGUCAACAACCCGUAGUUGUCAUAUUUUGGGUGUGUAACAAAAUUUCUAUUUUUUAGUCCGGGGUGGCCUCCGUUCAAAGAGAAAGUCGAAUUUUUAUAUUAUUCUGUUAACCUCCAGCAAAAGAGGACGACACCAAAAAUAAACUCUUUUAUAACAUACAUACAUAUAAAUAUAUGCACUCGCACCCAUAUACAUAACAUACACACAUUGUAAUCUAUGUUAGAGGGAACCAAUUUAAAAGAUCCGUCUGUUAGUUUUGCACCGGGACCGGAUCUUCCUCUUGACAGCAACUUGUGAUUAGUUCUAAGAAAAUUAGUUUUGUUGUCAUCGUGAUCGUAGUAGUGGUGGUUGUCGUUUAGACUAGCUUUUUUUGUUACCAUCAUUAUUACCGGUACCAGCCGCCCUGGAUACGCCGCCGAACAUGCCCUCCGAUCGCCGUAGAGCUUCACUUCAGGUCCAUUCUCAGCGGAGUGAGCCAUGUACCCCGACUGACGGUGGCUGGGCAGGAGGAGGUGGACUGGGUGGACUCUGGAACAAUCGUACUUCUCGCCAACGUACACAGAGUCAGCUCAUUCCACCAAGACAGCCCUCUGGUUCUUCACGGAUAUUUCAAAAGAGCUCAAAACGCCGCCAAUCUGCACCAGCAUUAGGACUGUCUAAUUCACAAAGCGACGUACCUGGAACUACUCAGAUAAUUCAUGUAAAGAUUAUUGCUGGAGUUAAUCUCGCGAAAAAGGAUAUAUUCGGCGCUAGUGAUCCAUAUGUUCGGAUUACUUUGUACAGAGGAGACCGGGAAGAUGGUAUUAUCGAUGUCACACAAACAAAAACUAAGAAAAAAUUACAUUGUCAUCAACAGUAUGGAUGUGAAUGCCACUGGAUUUACUUCAGGAAUUCCUUCAUGUCUGUGCAGUUUAUAAAGUAUGAGAGAAAGAAAAUGGAAUUCACUACUGUUAUUCGCUAUGAUCAUUCCAACCCAUCGUUCACCUGUGCCUUGCAGUGGAACAUGAAAGGUAUCGUCCAUUACAAGCUACUGGAACAUGGAAAGUCCAUCAAUGCAGAUGUCUAUUGCCAACAACUUGAUCAUGUAAACGAAAAAUUACACCAAAAGCGGUUAGCUUUGGUAAAUCCUCGUGAUAACUGCCUGCUCUUUGAAGUAUUUGAUGAAAACAGAUUGACUAGAGAUGAUUUUCUUGGGCUGGUGGAAAUUCCACUCAAUCACACCAGUAUUCUCACAGAACGCCCUGGUCGACGUAUUCCGACAAAAGAUUACAUCCUUCGGCCACGCAGUUCCCGAUCAAGAGUACGUGGCCACCUAUGGAUAUAUCUUGCAUUCUAUGCACCUGAAGGGGAAGUAGACGACACAGAAAAUCAAGAAGAUACUGCAUCAGCACAGUCAGAGCAGCCUGGUUGGGAGAUGGUAAGCCUUCAGAAUUCCUUGAAUGAAUCUGGAGCGUCGGGUCCCACUCCGUCAAUGUCUGACGAACCAUUGACACCUUUACCCCCAGGAUGGGAAGAAAGAACUGAUGCCCAAAGCAGGACGUAUUAUGUUAAUCAUAAUGAACGGACUACACAGUGGGAAAGACCAUCAAGUAAUAACAUGCUUCCCCCUGGCUGGGAAGAACGAGUGGAUGCUAACGGUCGACUCUAUUAUGUUAACCAUCACAGCAGAACCACACGGUGGGACAGACCAACACUUGAUCUAAAUGAUCUAAAAACUUCCCAUCAAAAUUUCAUGUUAGAUUAUGUUCCAAAUACCAACUUAACUCGAACAUUACAAGAAGAAGAUACCAGCUCAACUUCAAAUAGUGAUGUUAGUGAGGAACCUCUCCCUGCAGGUUGGGCAACCUCAACUGCUCCAAACUCUCGACCAUUCUUCAUUGAUCAUAACACAAGAACAACAACUUGGGAAGAUCCACGGAAAACACGUUCAAAUUCAUUAAGAACGGCAGCUACACCAGAUGCUCCUAAACCUUUUGUACGAUCGUCAUCUAAUGAGGAUCUCUUAAAUAAUCUUGGACCUUUGCCGCCUGGCUGGGAAGAACGUAUUCACACAGAUGGCAGAGUAUUUUAUAUAGAUCAUAAUACCAGAAGUACAAUGUGGGAAGAUCCCCGACUGCAGAAGCUUGGAGGUCCAGCAGUUCCAUAUUCUCGGGAUUAUAAAAGAAAAUAUGAUUACUUCCGAUCCAAACUUCGCAAACCUGUCAAUGUUCCGAACAAAAUUGAUAUCAAAAUAUCACGGUCAAACGUAUUUGAAGAUUCUUUCCGUGUCAUAAUGAAUGUGAAGAAAGUAGAUCUACUUAAAACCAGAUUAUGGAUUGAAUUUGAUGGUGAAGUCGGUUUAGAUUAUGGCGGUGUUGCCAGAGAAUGGUUCUAUAUGCUCUCUAAAGAAAUGUUCAACCCUUACUAUGGGUUAUUUGAAUAUUCAGCUACUGACAACUAUACCCUCCAGAUAAAUCCUUUGUCAGGUGUGGCUAACGAAGAGCACUUAAGUUACUUUGAGUUCAUUGGUCGGAUUGCAGGAAUGGCUGUGUAUCAUGGUAAAUUGUUAGAUGCCUUUUUUAUUCGUCCAUUCUAUAAAAUGAUGUUAGGAAAAACAAUAAAACUUUCAGAUAUGGAAUCAGUGGAUUCUGAAUACCAUAAUUCAUUAGUGUGGAUUAAAGAAAAUGACCCAACAGAACUUGAUAUCAGAUUCUGUGUAGAAGAAGACUAUUUUGGAGAGAGAGCUGAACGAGAGCUAAAACCUGGAGGAAAAGACAUUGUAGUUUGUGAGGAGAAUAAACUGGAAUACAUUGACUUAGUUAUUAAGUGGCGGUUUGUCUCUCGGGUUGAAAAUCAAAUGAAGCUGUUCAUGAAAGGUUUUAAUGCUCUCAUCCCCCAAACAUUGUUACAAAUAUUUGAUGAGAAUGAAGUUGAGUUGCUGAUGUGUGGUCUCCAAGACAUUGAUGUCAAUGACUGGAAAAGGAACACAGCCUACAAAGGAGAAUAUAACCAGAACCAUCCAGCUAUUGUGCAUUUCUGGAGAUGUGUUUAUUCCUUUAACAAUGAAAUGCGAGCCCGUCUACUACAGUUUGUAACUGGAACAUCCAGAGUUCCAAUGAAUGGUUUCUCUGAAAUGUAUGGCAGCAAUGGGCCUCAGCUUUUCACUAUAGAAAAAUGGGGAACACCUGAUCAGCUUCCUCGUGCUCACACUUGUUUCAAUCGACUUGACCUACCACCUUACGACACAUACCAGGAACUGCGCAAGAAGUUGAUUGUCGCUGUAGAAAAUACACAGGGCUUUGAAGGUGUUGACUGAAAGCUUUCCACCAUCAUAAUUAACAAUAAAUUUGUCACUACUACAAUUAUUAUUUCUAUAUUGCCCAAAACAGGCAUCUGCUGGACAGUUACAACACUUUGAAAAAAAAUUUUUUUUCAUUCUGAAAUUUUUUUUUUUUUUUCAUUCAGCAAAAUCUGUGAUUCCUUCUAUCCUCACCUCUCUGCCUAUUUCUCUCUCUUAUAGUUGUAUAUAAUAAUAAUAAUAAUAAUAAUAAUUAAUAAUAAUAAUGCAGAACUCAAUUUGUCUUAUUUUUAGUCUUCUGAAUGCAACACCAUUCUGUCAUCUACAGAAUUAUCCAAAUCAUCUCUUACCGCAACAGAAAUGAAUUAUUGUUAAUAAUUAGUGGUAAUGAAAAUGAAGAUGUUUUCUUUUUGUCAACAGCACCUCUAUUUUAAUCCCCCUCCCCUCUUCACUUAAAUGGUUGCUACUGUGCACCUAACGACCAAUCUUACUUCUUUUACAACCCAAUGUCUGGGUCUCACGCUUCUUAAAGCCCGAGAAUGUAUCCUGUCGGUGGAGUAAUUUAUAUUACACCAUUUUUUUCAGGCCACUAUACUCAAGUGUCAGCUCCGAUGAUACAACUGUAGGCUUCACCCUUUGUAAGAAGUGCGUCUAUGUUGAAGUACUUUUUAAGUUAAAGGAUCUGGCCAAAUAAUGGACCAGAAGGAUGCACAGAGCUGUUAUUAUACAAUGUGAGAAAUGUUCU